ACAUUAUGACAGCGACCAGAGAAGGAAGAAAAAAAAAAGUGUUGCACUCUCUGUUGUUGUUUUCUUUGCCGAGAAAGUGGUCACGGUGGUGCUUGUGAGCGUGUGUGCACACGAAUGGUUUGCUCGCCCGUAAUUCUGUAAGCCUUCCCCCCAAAGGCGACACCAUCUACCAAACGCCCGUUCCGCCGGAAGUGUCCUUUUCGCCCGGCCUUUAUCCUUCCCUCGACGGGAGGGGGGCGGACGCGAAGUGAAGCAAGACGACCACAGCUCUCUCUCAGCUGGGCUGUGAAAACUUGCCCCAUUCCACAUCCUCAACGUAUGUGUGUGUGUGUGUGUGUGUGCGGCUCUCGGGAAAACGCGUGAAAAACAGUGGAAAACUAGUCAUGAGUGAGGAUGGGACAGCGACCACCAGCACCGAUCAGACGGCCGAAACGAUGAGCAGCAAGGAGAAGCGCAAGCUCAAAGUGAUCAUAGUGGGCGCCGGGAUGGCAGGCCUGUCGUCCGCGAACCACCUGGCAAAGAACGGUUGCACGGAUUUUCUCAUCCUCGAAGGGCGCAACCGUGUCGGCGGUCGCAUCGUGUCGAUCGAUAUGGGAUCGCAAAAGAUCGAGCUCGGUGCGAACUGGAUCCACGGUGUCCUUGGCAACCCAAUGUUCGAGCUAGCGAUGCAGCACGGGCUGAUCAGCAUCAUCAACAUACCGAAGCCGCACAAGGUGGUGGCCGCGACGGAGGACGGCAAGCAGGUGCCGUUCCAGAUACUGCAGGAAAUCUACGAAGCGUACGUGUGCUUUCUGCGGCGCUGCGAGGAGUACUUCCUGUGCCAGUACCUGCCCCCGCCCGACAUACACAGCGUCGGCGAGCACAUCAACCUGGAGGUGGAGCUGUACCUGGACGGGGUCGACUGUGCGAAGGAGAAGCACCUGCGCAAGCUCAUCUUCGACUGUCUGCUGAAGCGCGAAACGUGCAUCACCGGGUGCCACAGCAUGGACGAGAUCGAUCUGCUCGAGCUGGGCAGCUACACGGAGCUGCAGGGCGGCAACAUCGUGCUGCCGUCCGGGUACAGCUCCAUCCUGAAGCCGCUGUGUGACAAUCUGCCAAACGAAAACAUCGUCCUGUCGUGCCCGGUGCGGCGCAUCCACUGGAAGCGGAAAGCGACCCGGCGUGCCGGCGGUGCGGCUACCGCCGCCGCGGCCGACACGAUCCUGGAGGAGGAUGAAGAGGAGCAGGACGAUGGCAACGAGUCGGACGAUUCGGAUCGAACCGUCACGGAGGUGCCGGUGGGGGCAGGCGGUGCUGAGCCGACGCAGGAAGAGCGCCGGGUGGGCGAGGAGGCGGCCAGGCGCAUCAAAAGCUCCACCGCCAACGUGGUGGUGGAGUGCGAGAAUGGAGCCAUUUACGAGGCGGACCAUGUGAUUUGCACCCUGCCGCUGGGGGUGCUGAAGGAGCAGGCGGAAACGUUGUUCGUGCCGGCGCUGCCCCAGUACAAGGUGGAAUCGAUCGACAGCUUACUGUUCGGCACGGUGGACAAGAUAUUUCUCGAGUACGAUCGGCCCUUCCUGAACGCGACCAUCAGCGAAAUUAUGCUACUGUGGGAGCAGCAGCAGCAGCAGGAGGAUGAUGGGGAAGGGCAAGAGCGGGACGGACAGUGGCUGAAGGACAACUGGUACAAAAAGAUCUGCUCCUUCUCGAAGGUUUCCGACACGCUGCUGCUCGGCUGGAUAUCGGGCCGGGAGGCGGAAUACAUGGAGACGCUCUCGCACGAGAUCGUGGCCGAACGGUGUACGGACAUUUUGCGCCAGUUUCUGAAGGACCCGUUCGUGCCGAAACCGAAACGCUGCGUGUGUACCAGCUGGCGCAAGCAACCGUUUAGUCGGGGCUCGUACACGGCCAUUGCCGUCGGUGCGUCGCAGGACGAUAUCGACAACAUUGCCCAGCCGCUCUACUCCAGCCCUCAUCAAUCGAAGCCCUCGGUAAUGUUCGCCGGUGAGCAUACGCACGCGAACUUCUACUCGACGGUGCACGGUGCCUACCUGAGCGGUCGAACGGCGGCCCAGAUCCUGCUGACGCCCGACUCUCCGCAGGAGAUUGUGAUGGAAUCGGACAGUAGCGAUCUUAGCUCGUGGAUUCAGGGCAUUGCGCUCGAUUAGUCGGUGGCCAGUGUGGUGCACAUUUCCCCCACCGGAAAGUAGCUUAUGCUUCACUUCCUUUAUCCUACUCUCCCUGUCCUGUCCUAUGUUUUCAACUCCCCUGUCUUCCUCGUUUCGAUGCAAUGUCGCGAGGCUAGGCGUUCGUUUUUAUUUUUACCUUUUCUGACGUGUACCAAGUGACUGAAAACUGCUUACGAUAAACACAGUGAACAGUGGUGGCUAAUUGCAGCAACGCGACAAAGAAAAAGGCACACACAAACUCCUAAUAGCUUCGUAGCAUUACGAUUAAGAUAUACGAGUGUUAGGGUGCGCGUAACGAUAAAACGAAAAACUUACCAAAAAAAAAGGGAAAACAAUUAGACAGGAGAAUAAGGUCGCUGCUCGGUUUAGUUUGUACGUUAACUUAUUAGUUUAUUAAGCCAAAGUGUAGGUGUGUUGGUUUGUGAGGACGAUAACACGAUCAUGACAAUUCUCAUGCGCCUUGUGGGUUGUAAAAAACGGCCAAACCACGUACAUUUGCGCACACUUACUUAAUGUCAGGGGGACCUCCAGAGAGGGGGUACUGCUUUCUGCUGUGUUCAAAACGCUGCACAAAAGGUGAAUUUGACGCUCGAUGUAUUUGGGUACAACAAGCGAACAUAAGUGAUAAGUGGAAGUAUUGUACCGAGGGCCGAUUGGGGGAGGCAAUCGCUUUGCAAAACAAAAAACAAAAAAACAAUGUCCCUCUUAAAGAUGGCACAUAUACCUUACACGUGUCUAGUAUUUCUUCUGUAAGCGAGCAAACAAGGCAGACGCUUAGCUUCUGCGGGUGUUAGGUAAUGUUAGGUAAUGUUAGUUUCUUUCCUUUGUCCUACGUUUUGUGUUAUCACUGAAUUCUAGUCUUCGGAAGUGAAGAUUCGCUUCAGCAAUAGUUUAGUUAGUGCUUUUUUUCCAUUCGUUGAUAGUGCGUUUUGCUCCCUCACUACCCCUCUGAAGGCAUUUGCGACACGCGCGCGCCCCCGCAAUCAGUUAACCAGAUUAGGAGAAUAAUUUUAUGCCAAGCUUUUUCGUUACCCCGCGCACACACUCGCGGCUAAAUGGCCCACAAAGAGGCCCCGCACACUCACUUCGUUCGAAGACAGAAGCGUGUGUGUGUGCGUGUGUGUGCAUUUUCCCCCCAUUUUCUUCUGGUCGCUUGUAGCAGGUAUCGUUUAGUAGAAGUUGCAUUUAAGUAUGUAGUGCUUUUGUUUUUUUUUUGUUUUUGGUAAUCCUGCUGUAAGUUAUUGCGUUGUUAUAUAGACUAUCUUAACGGAUUUCGUUAGCAUGAGUUUCGGUAUGAGUAAGCGGGAUUUUAGGAAAGAGGGCAAGAGGAAGUAGGUGAAGACAAAUGUGCUGGAACAUUAUCGAACGUGAUAGACACAAAAAGUGUAACAGAAGAAAAAAAAGUGCGCGCCGGUAUGAAACGUGCUGUUCGAAGGGACAGGAAAGGGAUUGUACCAAAAAAUGAGAAAGAAAACAACCACACACACACAUAAGUAUUUUGCUAGAAACAACAAAAAAGAAACAAGUAUGUUUUGCGGCGAAUGAUGAUGAAAGAAAUAAAAUAAAGAAUCACAAAUGAACUGUUGAAAAAAAAAUCAAUAAAUGAA